CUCCAGCAGUACAACCCCAACGUUCUCGGUGGUUGUUUCGCGCGCGUCUUAAUGAGAAUAUUGUUGGAUAAAAAAUUUAUCGCUAGUAUUUUAUCUAAAGAUUUUGAAAUAUCCGUACUCUUUUUUUUUUAAGUAAAAUAACGAAUAAUUUUCCCGUGUGUUAAUUAAAAAUCCAAUAGAUCAAUAAAUAAUUAGUGGUGAUUGUUUAAAUAAAGUUUCAAGUGUAAGUGUAGUUUCAAAGUAGUUCCAAAGUUUUAAUUUCUCAUCAACGUUGAUUAAAAUAGAUUAAUCAAACUGUUGCAAUUACAUCCCGUUAAUCAGUGUCACGGAUAUGGAUUAUUUAGGCAAUUACAAGUGAAUUUUAUUACCACUGUAAGAUUAAAGAAUAUCAGUGGUUAUUUUUACUGAAAAUAAAAGCCGCGUUUAAAGUAAAUUUCUGGUGGAAAGUGAUUUUGUGGAAAAGUUUCUAUUUAUUUAUUUAUUUGUUUUUUUUUAUUUGAAUUUUAACCGUGUUUUUUAUGAAUUAAAAAAGUGUGAGUUAUUUAUGUAACAAUAAUAAUUAUUGUUAUUAUUAUUAUAUUUACUUUGGAACGUAUUAUGUUGGACGUUCUGCGGAUUUAUUUUAUCACCAAUGGAUUACUGUGAUUUAUGGCAACAUAUACGUACUUAUAAAUUCAUUCUGUGGUUCUAUUUGUUCUAUUGAAUAUCUGUAUUAUGGAAUUUAUGGAUGAAUUUGUUUAAUUGUGACAAAAUAAAUACAAAUUGAAUAAUUGGUUGUAUAAAAUACAACAGUGCUGAUAUUAUUGUGAUUAUAGUGUUUUUUUUUUAGUGAAUAUCAACUCAAUAAACUGCUGUGUUUAUUCGUACUGGCUGGAUAUCCAUGGGAAACUGAUUUUUUUCUGCGAGUGAAAGGAAAUGGCGGGCUUCUCGGUAUGGGGACAUUUAUUACUGGUGAUCAUUGGAGGUAUCCAGAUACUUAAAGCUGAACCUUCUGCUCUUCCUACUGUCAAAAGUGCUGGUUCAAGCCUUGCAAGUGUCGUAGCAGGUGAUACAAAGCUUGUUCGGUCAUGGGAUAAGCCUUCCUUUGACGACACUUCCCAAAAAAAUGUGACGGCCAUCGUGGGUCAAAGAGCAUCGCUCAGUUGUCACGUUAAAAACCGCGGGAAUCGCACGAUAUCCUGGAUGAGAAUGAAAGACAUCCACAUUCUGACGUCCUCGAUAGUGACGUACACAGGAGACGAAAGAUUUUCAGUAAAGCACCCAGUGGGAAGCGACGAGUGGCGACUAUUAAUCGACUAUGUCCAGCCUAGGGACGCUGGGCUCUACGAAUGCCAAGUUAACACUGAGCCCAAACUUAAGAUGUCCUUUGCGUUGAGGGUCGAAGAGACUUCGCUCCCUGAUGUCAAGUCAAACGCGGUGCGACGGAAAUUUGAAUCAGCGGCCCAGGCGACUAUAUUUGGGGCCGAAGACGUCUACGUAAAAAAAGGCAGCACAAUUAGUCUUACGUGCAAAGUUAACGUCCAUAGUACCCCGCCAAGCAGCGUUACGUGGCAUCACGGUAGCGCUGUCGUUGAUUUUGACAGUCCAAGCGUUCACCAUAGGGGCGGCGUCUCCCUGGAAACGGAGAAGACGGAGAGCGGCACGACGAGCAAACUGCUGGUGACGCAGGCGAGAUCAAGCGACAGCGGAAAUUAUACUUGCAUCCCCAGUAACGCAAACCCUGCGAGCGUAAUGGUCCACGUUCUAAACGGUGAACACCCAGCAGCAAUGCAACACGGCGGAAGUUGUCGAUUAACCCCAACUAUAUUAAUGGCCCUGCUCACACUUUUUACGGCUAACUUACUCAGAUGAGCUAAUAUCCUGGAUAUCUAUAGGCCUAAUUAUAAAUAAAUACAUCAAUUAGGUAAUUAAUUGAAUAAUAAUUAUAAUAAAAAUAAUAAUUAUAUUAUUGAUAAGAAAAAAUCCGCGAUAAUCUAUUAAAGCAAACUAUAAAUAUUUAAAUAAAAGCAAACACGAGUGAAUUUAUACAACAUUAAUAAUAUUACAUCCUUCGGGUGUUUAGUUUAUUCAUUGUUGUGAGUGCAAUAUGUGCACGUGUACAUUAUAAAUCGAGAACACUCAAGACCGGUGUUUGUUCAUCCCGUUAAUUCGGUUUAUUAUUUACCGUCAAGACAAGAUAACAUUAAACUGAAUUAAACAAAACUCAAAGCGUAAUUGUAAUUAAAUGUCGUUUUAAUAAAUAAAUUAUUCUAUUGUUGUUCGAGUGGAUCUGAUAUUUGAUGUUGAAUGCUGGACGAUUUAAUACCUAAGUCUUAUUGUAAAUUUGGUAAGUUAUCAGUAGACCUAAUUAAUUAUCGUUUGUCAAAGUUAUUGAAUCAAUGGUGUGUAAAAUACAUAUUACGUGUAUGUAUUCAAACUUUUAAAUAUAGAAAUAUUUAUAGUACGGUAAUAAUAAAAAGUGGAUUA